ACUCUAGUUUAGGCGGCACCGAGUGAUUUAUUCAAAGUUGUAAAAACAUAUUCUUUAGGAUUUUUACUAAAUACUGUUUAUCCAGAUGCUGUAAAAAGAAAAACAGAGGGAUAAUUUAGUUGUACCUUUUCUCGGAAUAAAUCAAUUUUUGAACAAGCAUGGGUUUUGUUGCAAAUAUUUGAAACCACAAGGCCAAAUGUAGAACAAUGACGAUUGAGAAGUCUUCGCUGUAUGCUGUUUGAGGUUGGAGACAAAUCUCCUGGGAAGCUGCCAAAUAGCAUGAAAGUGCUCUUUAAUGUUAGCAUAUUCGUCAUCAGCUUACAGUACAAAUGGGACGCUGUAAGGAGUCUUAUCUCUAGAAAGCGUACUCAGCUUAAUGUACAAUCUGAAGAGAUGUAAGAUGCAUUCAAUGAUAAUCCCGCAUGGGCAACUUAUCGUGGCCAUUUCAUAUCCCAAAACCAGGUCACGCACUCUAUCUCGACUAUAUCUUCGUGCGUUCUUUGCGUUAUCGGAGAACUAUUGAUGCUUGUCGUGUGUUACACGCAGCAUAGAAUUUGGAAUAAGAUUGGGGACAUUACACUAUUGUAUCGAGAUUUAUUUCUAAUGCAGUUGUAUAGGUUCAAAAGACCUGUAACGGCCGGUGCAAUAGAGGACUGUACCUAGCCCUUGGUUCAAUGACUGGGUGGAUAAGGAUAUCC